AUGGAGGUAACUUUGACACAAGGAGCAAUCGGGAAGAUGAUGAAUGGAGAAGUGACGAGCGAUAAAGAAAUGAUUCCGGUGCUGCAAGUGACGGAAUUGAAACCUAUUCUGACCAAAACCAAUCACCAAGAAAUGUGGAGAAUGUUGUUAUCCGACGGGACUCACUUGCUACGUGGAGUGGUGCUCUCUAGUACUCUGACCACAUCUGUGAAACAAGGGUUUCUUCAAACAGGUUAUAUUGUUCGCCUCACUCAAUUCAUUUGUCAGACCAUCCGUGCCCUAAGAAUUGUUUUAGUUUUGAAUCUGGAGGUUAUAUCAACCGAGUCUAAUAUUAUUAGACAUGGUGUUCUAGGACCUAACCCUAAUGAUACACAAGAUUACGGUGAAGUUUUGAAGGAGGCUGUUUUUGAUAAAAUGAAAGAUUUGGAAGUUUAG